AUGCACCAAACCCUCCUCCUCACCACCCUAACAACCUUGCUCACUCUAAUAUCCGCAAUCCCCCUUUCCUCGUCAUCCCCCAACGCCAAUGCCAAAGCGAACCCAAACUCGAAAACCCCACACAUCCACUCCCUCAACGUCCCAUUGAGCCCCUCAAAACCCUCCCCAACAAUGCCCACGGGUGACAGCGUGGCAUCGACAAAGGCCUCCUCGCUAACCCACACCCUCGCAACGCUAAUCGCCCACGACGCAAGCGCUUCCUACGACCUGACGACGUGUCCGAUGACGCAUGCCUCGCGCCAGUGCUGUACAUCGAUUACGAAGCUUGCAGAUGAUACGACCUCUCAGCUUGGGGAUAUUGUGCCCUGGGUUUCGGGCGUCAAGGUUUCAAGUUUAAUUGGGUUGCAGUGCAAAGGAAUGGCCCGCGAAACACCAAACGACGAUUGCUACGAGAGCGUAAUGUGCUGCUCGGGUAACGGCGUGAGUGCGAAGGGUGCAGGCGCAGGCGGUAAUACCAAUGGGACUCCAGAUGGUUCACCGGCCCUCUUCAAGAGCGGCUGCAUCCCCUUUGACGAGGCAAUCGAGGAUAAGAAGAAGGCGAUUGAGAAGAGUAAGAGUGAGGUUAGCUUUCUGGCGGAGAUGAGUCCGACGCCGAGGCCGACUGCGUCUGCUUCUGCGUCUCCUACUGCGACGGCGGCGAGGGGGUAG